AGAGAAAGAGAAAGAGAAAGAGAAGGGAGAAAUUGGAGAGGAUGGGUUAUAGUUCUAUAAUUCGGCUGUGUUUAUGCAUCUUCUUUGCACUUUCGAUCGUCUCUUCGGCUCGACUCGGUUUUUCAUUUUCAGAAAAUGAAAUGAUGGUGGCGAGAGGUAGAUCAUUAAUGAUGGUGAGCACCAAUGACUACGACGAGCCAUCGGCCAACGCUAGACACAACCCACCGGGUGGGAGACAUGGAGGAGGUCGGAGAGGGUGAAAAAAGAAAAUCAAAAAUUGUUUUCUUAUUGUUAAGAAAAAGUAACAAAAAUGUUUUGAGAUAUAUAAUAUAUACGUAUACUUUAAUACUCAUUUUCUAUUAGCAAUUUAGCACUGUCAUCUCUUUAUAUACUGAACAAUAAAACCAUCGAAGAAUAAUAUGCACUAUUACCUUUUUGUUUUUUAUAUGUACUGAUAAAUUAAUAAACAGAUAAUGUACACUUCAAUUUGUAUCUGUUGAUCUUAAUGAUAAU